ACACUGACAUUGAUGUAGCAAGAUAAUCAAUAAAUGAAACGGAAAUCUAACAUAAACAAGUAGUGUUUCUACCAAAAUUAAAUCUGAUAAUAUGGGCAAAACUAGCAAAGAUAAACGUGACAUUUACUACCGACUAGCUAAAGAGGAAGGGUGGCGUGCUCGCAGUGCUUUUAAAUUGAUUCAUUUGGACGAAGUAUUCAACAUUUUCGAAGGUGUCACGAGAGUUGUGGAUUUAUGCGCUGCUCCCGGAAGUUGGAGCCAGGUUCUUUCGAAGAAGUUGUAUGAAAAGCGUGAUAAAGACGCCAACGAUGUCAAAAUUAUUGCCGUCGAUUUGCAGGCGAUGGCUCCUCUCCCGGGUGUCACUCAGCUGCAAGGCGACAUCACCAAAUUGGAGACCGCAAAUGCGAUUAUUGAGCAUUUCGGUAAUGAUCAGAAGGCACAUCUGGUGAUUUGUGACGGGGCUCCUGAUGUGACCGGAUUGCAUGAUAUUGAUGAGUAUAUACAAUCGCAACUACUGCUGGCGGCUCUCAACAUCACCACGCACGUUCUGUCUGUGGGUGGAACGUUCGUAGCGAAAAUCUUCCGCGGUAAGGACACAGCAUUAUUGUAUUCGCAAUUGCGAAUCUUUUUCGAUAAAGUUUCCAUCGCCAAGCCUGCAAGUUCGAGAAAUUCCAGCAUUGAAGCAUUUGUCGUAUGUCAGAACUAUAAGCCUCCAGAGGGAUAUAUUCCACAAAUGAUAAAUCCAAUGCUGGACGAUGUUCAGAAAAUUGCCGGGGAGACCGAAUCGGAGGUCAACCGUUCUAUCAUUCCGUUCAUCGUAUGCGGUGAUUUGCGAGAAUAUGAUUCGGACAUGUCUUACAGUCUAAACCUGGACCCAGAGAAAGAUUACGAGUAUCGUGACGUUGUGCAGAAGCCACUUGCUCCAGCCUACAGCGAAGUACUUGAACGCAUGAAGACAACAUCGCUGAAGCAUGGAAGCAUCAAAGUUGAAUACGAUAAGAAGAAAGAUUAAGGAGUAUGUACACGACGCGAGCAAUCGUAUAUGAUGUAUUUAAUAAGCUAUAUCAAUGUAUGCCAAUAAAUGGCGCAAUGCAUCAAUUAUAGAAUUAGUUGAUCAGUCGAUCAAUCAUUUA